AUGUCUGCUUCUAUCGGCAUCCCUUGCAAGCUCCUCCACGAAAGUGUGGGACAUGUCAUCACCAUCGAGCUCAAGACCGGUCAGACUUACCGAGGAAAGCUGCUUGAUGCCGAGGACAACCUCAAUAUCUCCAUGAGCCAGAUCACAGUCACCCAACGAGACGGACGGGUGACUCAGCUCGACCAAGUCUACAUUCGCGGUCCGAUGAUCAAUUUCUUCAUCGUGCCCGACAUGCUCGCACACGCGCCAAUGUUCAAGCGACAAGGACCUAAUGCGCUCAAGGGGCGAGGUAUCGGCACAGCGAGAGGUCGUGCGACUAUCCAGCGUGCUCAGAGUCGGAGAGGAAGGGGCGCGCCCGGACGAGGA